AUGAGGAAUAUGGCAGCGUCCGUGGUCCACGCUGCCAACACAAACAUCACAGAAACGGACAAUAAACAACUAGUUGAAACCAACGAGAAUGCUGAAAGCUCGGAAAAGGCGCCAGCUGAACACUCAGACGAAGUUUCGGAUGAUGACGAAGUUCAGUCAACCGGACCAAAGAUCAGAGAGACUCCACAGAACAUCAAACUGGAUGCAGUCGCCAACACGGUUGCUGUCCACCCGAGCAGAGAUCUGCUGGUCUGUGGGGACGUUGACGGUGACUUGUAUGCCUUCUCCUAUUCAUGUACCGAAGGAGAGAACCGGGAGGUGUGGUCGUCCGGGCAUCACCUCAAGUCAUGUCGCCAGGUACGAUUCUCCGAGGAUGGAUUGAAGCUUUACAGCGUUUCACGAGACAAGGCCGUGCAUCUGCUGGACGUGGAGCGAGGGCAGCUGGUCAGCAGGAUCCGGGGGGCGCACGGUGCCGCGAUCAACAGUCUCUUGGUGGUGGAUGAAAACAUUCUGGCGACGGGGGAUGAUGGAGGAACCUUGAAGGUGUGGGACAUGAGAAAAGGAACAUCCUUCAUGGACAUGAAGGAACACGAGGAUUACAUCAGUGACAUAGCAAUUGACAAAGCAAAGAGGACAUUGUUGACUGCCAGCGGUGAUUGUACUAUGGGCGUGUUCAACAUCAAGAGGCGGCGGUUUGAGUUCCUGUCAGAGUAUCAGAGUGCCGAUCUAACGUCAGUGAAGAUAAUGAAGCGUGGGAAGAAGGUGGUCUGUGGCUCCAGUGAAGGCACUGUAUAUAUCUUCAACUGGGACGGUUUCGGUGCUACAAGCGAUCGUUUUGCGAUCAAGGCGGAGUCCAUCGACUGUAUUGUUCCAAUCACUGAAAACAUCAUGUGCACAGGUUCCAUGGACGGAUACAUCAGGGCCAUCAAUCUCCUCCCAAACAGAGUCAUUGGCUGUAUUGGUCAGCACCUUGGUGAACCAAUCGAGGAGCUCGCCAAAUCCUGGGAUACCCGCUUUCUGAUCAGCACGGGCCACGACCAGCUCAUCAAAUUUUGGGACAUUUCCACUUUACCUAACACCAUGGUUGAUGAAUAUCGCAAGAGGAAGAAAAAAGAUGGAAAAAUGAAGUCUCUAUCCAAGAAAGCUCUUGGACACAAUGAUUUCUUUGCUGGACUUGCUGAGGAGACGGACAAAAAGGAUGAAGAAGAGGCUGAAGAAGAGGACGACAGUGAUAGUGGAAGUGAUUAAAUCUGUCUAUUGAAAUUGCCGCACUGACUUUGGGCUUAUGUGACAUGUGCUUGGAUAUUUGAAAAGUCAGCCAUUAUGGCCAAACUCAUGAUGAAUUUUCUGGUUUUAAGACAAAAUAGAAAUCUAUAAUGCUGGUUAUGGACAAUUUUCAGUCAAGGUGAAUACAAUGACUGCAUGCAUCAGUCUUGUCAGAAUAUUUGUGAUACUGGAUGCUGAUUGUGCUUGGGAUUUUUAGUAUUUCUUAUUUUAAAUUGAAAUUUCCCGGGAUAUUACAAAGCUAACACAUUUAUGAAAAUAAAUA